AUGUCUUCCGAUGACGCGAAAAACGUUGACAUCAGCCAGCUUGAUCCGACAGUGGAGACGAUAGCGACGACUCUGAAAACAUGGCUUGAAGUAAUAACUACACUCUCCUUCCAGGGGUUGAAUCGCAGGCAAUCAACUAUUGUCCAGCCAUCUUUCCGUAUACUUGCUGUCUCCACUGAGAAUGCAAAUGAACUGAAGUACAAGGCAGACAAUGACCUCGCAGACGCCCUCUUCAAGAGGUUCGGAUGGCGGGUGAAGGUACAAAGUAGAAUCGUCGAAGAGAACCAGAAGCAAGCAGGGCCACAGCUUCAUGUCAUCCUCAGUAUCGUUGGUGCCAGCUGUGGCAGUCUGAUCCUGGUAUUUGCUUUGAGAAGAAACAAGGCUUAUGUCGCAAAAAACCUUACAGUUGCAAUCCGAAGGAUGUCAACUCUAGGGAAGUUUGGGUUUCAGGAGCAGCUAAGCACUUCAAAUGAGGAUGCUCUCACUGCAAGCUCUUGCUCCACGGACCAUGAAAUAGAAAAAGACUCUCCUUCAAACGUGACGAUGCUGUCGGAAGGGUCUGCCCACCAGCGACCGGAGCUCCUCUUCUCGAAGCUUCUUGAGCAACCUGAAAGAGCGUUGCCGCAUCUAGAGGAGUUUGCCAGGACAAGCAAGAGUACCCCCGAUCUGUCAGGAGGUAUGGCGACGAUGCUGUCGGAAGGGUCUGCCCACCAGCGACCGGAGCUCCUCUUCUCGAAGCUUGUGAAGGAGCCUCAUCGACCAGCUUGGCUUGAAGAGCUGCACUGCAGGCGUCAGAUAUCAGCAGAAGCAUCUUUCGGAUACUUGAUGGAUGGUCAGUUUGUACCCAAACAAGGGCGGAGGUUGGGCAAGCUGGAGGAUGCGGCGCUCUACUCAGGGGAUGGGGCUCGAGCGUUUGACCGGGUCCGACAUGACUUGCUUCGCUGGCCAACCCUCAGGCCGUCAAGACAUCGCUCAAGAUACGAUGGGAUCGGGGCAUCCUUUGACGGCGACGAGGAUCUCUCUGACCAUGCCGAGUUUGGGCCUGACAUGUUCCCGGAUCAUAGUUCCAACGUCUUUGAACGAGUACUACGGUAUUGGAAGCGAAGGGAAACUAGAGGGAAGAAAUUCUCUGAUAGAAGAAGAUCGCAACAAGGCAUAUCAAUCGAAAUGGAACUAGGAUUGUUAUCUUCGUAUAUUCAAAACUCAGACUUCAAGUUCCAGCCUCUCAAGACUGUGAAUGAGACUCGUUUUGGUGAUACGAUUAAGGAAGUCGGCUUGGAUGUAGCUGAGCAAUCAAUGGAGAAGACAGGAAGACGUGUCUUUAGUUAUCCAAGUGGUGCUUUGAAUGGUUCAGAAAAUAAGCUUGACGAUUGUACAGUCAGAGAAUACGACAACCAAGGCGAGAACCAACAACUGUUGCUGGACAAACCAAUUGGAACAGAAGCCGUCACAGAAACAUCCGUGGAAAAGAAUUGUAUGGAUGUAAACAAAACUUUAGGAAAAUUUGAUUCGAAACGAGAAUACUUUCAAAAAACAGAAAUUUACAACCCGGACAAGCUCUUCAUCGGAGAUAGAAGAUGGUAUCAGUCCAGGUUGUUCUGCACUACCAAAGACCAGAUCCGAUCCGGCACGUGAGCGCAUUGAAGUGGAGAUGGGUUGGUUGGUGUCGCAACCUCAAAAACAGGAAGAGAAAAGCGAUCAAUUAUGAAUUUCAAACAAAAAGGAUCGACCAUUACAGCAUAAUACAGAAGGCUUUAGAG